GUUAUCCGAGGCAGGGGCAGUCAGUGUGUGUGUGUGUGUGUGUAUGUGUAUAUGCGUGUGUGUGUGUGUGUGUGUGUGUGUGUGUGUGUGUGUGUGUGUGUGUGUGUGUGUGUGUGUGUGUGUGUGUGUGUGUGUGUGUGUGUGUGUGUGUGUGUGUGUGUGUGUGUGUGUGUGUGUGUGUGUGUGUGUGAGAGAGAGAGAGAGAGAGAGAGAGAGAGAGAGAGAGAGAGAGCUCAAGGCUCGCGAGUUGUGUUUCUACGUCGCCCUAACCUAUAAAUACAGUCGAGGAAUUCAAGGGGAAUCACGGCUGCCUAACCAACACCGAAAAGGGGAUUUAAUUAUACAUUAGUGAACUACCGGAUAGCCCGCUGAAAACGCGAGGGCUGGGAGGUUUCUCCUAUUUAAGGCUGACGGCGAAGCGCUGAGAUAUCUGUUCGCGGACUAUGCUACUAUAGGUGCACCGGAGGCUGCGGACGACAUGGAGAAUAAAUAGUUGGUAACGUUGCUUUUUAUUCACAAAAACAAAUGUCAAGUGGCUGAUAACAAAGCCCGGAUGUGUUAUUAACCACGGUCCACGGUGUAAUCGCAGCGUAAUCGCUAUGUAGGUGAUGAGAUAUCGAGUGUGUACGCCAGUGUUAUCCCGGAGCAAGUUGUCGCUUGGUUUUUAAAUGAACCCCUCGUAGGAAUGAGUCUCGCUUAAUGCCUCGCCUUUGAUUUUUUAAAACGGGAUGAAUUUGUGAUCAGUGACCCGCCUCCACCACCACUUUUGGUUAAUCGCGAAACACAGUCCGAAUCAAUUACCCAGGAGGAAUUUCCGUCACCUGUCUUCACGGCAGAAAGCUUCCUGUAGGAAAAAAAACAAAACUCAUGCGAGGUGCAAGGUAAACGCACAGCCAAGCAUUCGUUGUGUAUGGCUUAUCCACUACAGAAUGGACAAAUCAAAGUCCGCGCAUAACAACGUUUAAUAGCAUUUGUCCCCCUUAUAAUUAGGCGAACUAUCCACGUUUUUUGUUUUUUUUACCCAGACACAGGACAGGCUAUCCUUUUGAAUCAAAUCCCGCAUCAUGGAUGAGGACUGGAAAAACUGCUUCGAGGAAGAACUUUUGUGUCCCAUUUGCCUCAACGUAUUCGACGAGCCCAUUCAACUGCCGUGCAAGCACAACUUCUGCCAUGGCUGCAUAUCGGAGGCCUGGGCGAAGGACGCGGCGGCCGUGCGCUGCCCCGAGUGCAACCACGACUACAGCCAGAAGCCCGCGCUCGAGAAGAACAUCAAACUCGCCAACAUCGUGGAGCGGUUCAACGCGCUGAACACGGAGAAAGCCCCCGUAAUUCUCCACUGUAUCCUCUGUCGGAGAGGCCCCCCGCUCCCGGUACAGAAGGUCUGCCUCCGCUGCAAGGAGCCGUGCUGCCAGUCGCACAUCCAAACCCACCUGCAGCAGCCCUGCCCCGGCCCGGGGCACCUGUUGGUGGACGUGGAGGAGCUCCGGGCGUGGAGCUGCCCCCGCCACGAGGAGUACAGGCUGUUCCACUGCGAGGACGAGCAGGUGGCCGUGUGUCAGUUCUGCUGUAUCUCCCACUGCGCGGGCCAGAGGCACUCUGUCUGCGACGUGGACACGCAGCGCACGCACAUGCAGGGCCGUCUGAUGAGGCAGCAGGAGCGACUGGACGGCCGUGUUCAGAACAUCGAUGAGCAGCUCAGCAAACUGGAGUCGGACAAGACGCUGGUGAAGGACGCGGUGAGCGAGCUGAAGGAGCGUGUCAAAGUCCAGUACCGGCGAAUGCAGGCGCUGCUGGAGGAGGACCUGAGUGAGACCAUGCAGCUGCUGGACAAUGCCCACAGCGCGUACCGCCACAAGAACUCCCAGCAGGCCCAGCAGCUCAGAGAGAAGCGGCAGGAGGCGGACAAACUCAAGAGCUCGGCACAGCUGGUCUACCACAAGGCGGAGAACAUCAGCUUCAUGAAGAACACGAAGCCGUACCAGCUGUUAAUGGACAGGUCAGCGUGGUACCUGGACAGCGCCCUGCCCCCCCAGAGAGUGGGCCAGCUCAACUCCCACCUGCUGCUCUCUGAGAUCACCAAGAGGGAGCACAGCCUGCGGAAGGUGCUCAGCGAACCGGUGAGCGGUUCGUCCGUUCUGCAGUGCGUCUCGUCCCCGAGGGGCGGGGCCUCCUCCUCCUCCUCCUCCUCCUCCCUGGAGAAGAGGAAGCACGCGUUGACCUUCCCCGAGGGCCAGCACCCGGGCCCCUCCGGCCCCCAGGACCCCCCGCUGGUGGGCUCCGGCGGCAAGAGGGCCUUCCUGGGGGACCCCCCCCACCACCAGGGCCUGCGGGGCCCGUCCACCCUCUACCCCCCCGAGGGCCUGGCCUCCCAGCCCCCCCACCCGGGCCCGGGCCCCAGGGCCCCGGACGGCUCCGCCCAGCAGCAGCAGCAGCACAUGGCGGACCUGGGGGCCGCGGCCCACCCGCUGGGCUCCAUGUUCCCCCAGGGCCCCUACCCCGGGGGGGCGGGCCCCUACCCCGGGGGGGCGGGCCCCCAGCAGCACAGCGGCCUGCCGCAGUACGGCCGCAAGAUCCUGGUGUGCUCCCUGGAUAACUGCUGCUGCUCCCGCGUGCCCCCCCCCCGCGGCCGGCCGCCCUACCCGCCGUCGGACCCCUACCCCUGGAUGGGCUCUCAGGAGUUCCCCCCCCAGCCCCCCCUGGCCCCCCCCCAGCCCCUGCAGGGUCUCUCCAUGCGGGACUGGAUGGACACGUCCCAGGCCCCGCGACACCCAGACCUCUACGGGCUGUACGGGCAGAGCGCCAAGCACUACGUCACCAGCUAGGGGGCCGGGCCGCAGGGGGGCCUUCAGGCGUCGCCGCCUCCGUCUCUCUCGGUUAUGUUGUCGUCUGCUUCUUCUUCUGGGAGGUGAACCACGUUGUCGUCCUUUCCUUUCCUU